AGAGGAAGUCAGUGAAGAACGGUAUCCUGUUGACACGUGGUUUGUUUGAAUUGCUGCCAAGUGUAUUGUGGCUACAGGUUACUGCUGCGCUGGCGACUUUUGUGCUGAGCGUGACCAGGUUAGUCUUUCAUCGUUUCGAUUGAAAAUGCAGAAAAGCGGUAACGGACGGCGCUGCACGAGAGGCGUCGCUUCAUCCUGUCGUGCGGCUGCUCACGCUUACAUCAAGACUUGCAUUGCGAAACCCACGAGGCCAAGGUUACCAGAAAAUUGAACUUGCCGAGCAUUAUGGACCCCGCAGCAAGCAUGCCCGCGCCCCCGGCCAAGUCAAUUGUCCACUUCGUCACGGACAAUUCGGGCUGGACAUUCAACCUCAUCACGACGCACUUGCUAUGGUGGAUCGUAGGAUUCCCGAUUGCUCUUGACUACGGCUAUUCCAGCGAUGCCUACGACGGGAAAGGAGCACUUCCAUCGGGCCCUGAAGGCUCUGGGGUCUACAUCGUCACGCUGUUUGUCUGCACACUCUGCACGGCCGUAUACCUCGCACGCUUAAUCUCGUACUUCGACUUGUUCAGUCCUCCUGCCCCCAAGGAGCACACGGAGUGAUCUGUAAGUUCAAGACCACUCCAAUAACACACUUAAAUGCCGAAAACCUGCAUUUUAUUUCAAACUUAGCAGUUCUUCAAGUCAACUUGGCAUUUC